AUGGCAUCUGCUCUAGCUGCUGGUCUUCAAUUAUAUGCUGAAAACAAUGAAUGGGAGUGGUACAAAGGUUCAGCCGAAGUGGGAAAAAGAAAUGACAUUGUUAGUUUUGAUAUUCCUAAACUCAACAUGACCUUUUUUGGUGGCCAGCUUGUUACUUCUGACUACUACGACAUAAUCUCUAAAUAUCUCGGGGAACACACCGCUAAUGUCACUUUUCUGGCACAAGCACAAACUGGUUCUGGAAAUCAAAUCUCAAAGCGCGAGGAAGGUGAUUACUUCGUUACAUGGACAUUUGAUAGAGGCGAUUUCAAUACCACUGUAUAUGCUCGUCCCGAUAGUGUGGCAUCCGCAGCAGCAGCUUUAUCAGACCACAUAUCCAAUGCUACCACGUUCAAUAAGAGAGAUAAUGGAGAAUGGGUCUCGUUUAAUACUUACGGAUUCAAUGUUGUCGCUUCGAAUUUAUGGAUGCUUGAUGAAAGAGAACAGGUGGAUGAAUUUGGGCCAAUUCUUGGUGGUUGGAUAACCUCGCAAGUUCAAUCAUGUACGAACAGUCCAGAAUGCUAUGCAGUUGAAAGUAAGUUUUGUCUCGCAAUGGGAGCUAGUUCUACAGCUGGGGAUAAUUCAAUAAUUGUCGGAGAAGGAUAUGUUCAAGCUUACGGAGGCAUAGACAGCGAAUGUGACGGCUUGUAA